UCACGGCGAAGUUCCAGGCUCCAUGGUUAGGUUUACGCUUGUUCGUGGCCGUCUUCGCUUCACGUCGGCCAUGCGGCCGCUGCCUUCUUCGGGCAUGUCCGUUCUGGCGGUUCGUCGCGCUCGGCGGACUCGUGCAAGAUCUAAGGGCAGCCGCAUGGCGAUCGAGAGGCUCACCGACGACCUCCUUGUCGAGAUCCUCUCACGCGUACCCGCCAAGGUGGUCUGCCGCUGCAAGGCCGUCUCCAAGCGCUGGAUCGGCCUCAUCGACCACCCCGACCACCGCAAGCGGCUCCCCCAACCACUCGCCGGCUUCUUCUACAACAGCACGAACGAGAACCCCUUCCCGAUGUCAACCGUACACUUCGUCAAUGCGUCCGGGAGCGGUUGCCCUUUCAUCUGCCCUUCUCUCUCCUUCCUUCCCAGCCACCGCCGCCUCGACCUCUUGGACUGCUGCAACGGCCUCCUCCUCUGCCGCUGGUACGACGCCUCCGCCGGAGGCGACAGGUUCUGGUACAUCGUGUGCAACCCCGGAGGAGUGGGCGGCGUUGCCUAACCCCGGUCAGGCUGCAGGCAAAGUGGACACGGUGCAUUUGGGGUUCGAUCCGGCCGUGUCCGCCCACUUCCAUGUGUUUGUGCUGCUAGUGGAUGCGAGCCGCUACUUCACCGGAGUGGAUGUGUACUCGUCGGAGACUGGCGGAUGGAUUCACAAGGACAAGGGAUUGGGUCGAGAUUUCAGGUUCGCCGGUCCUCGAUCGGCAGCUGUCUUUCUUAACGGCUAUUUGCAUUUCCAAACUAUUUGCGGUCGGCGUCCUUGUAUAGCUGUCGUGGACACCAAGGGAGAAUCAUGGUUGAGCUUCGAUACCCCUUGUGGACUGUGGUGAUAUCCCGGCAAAGAUUGGAAAUUGAAGCACAAAGGUCAAGAUGGAGACGUCAAAAAGUUUCGAGGGGUUGUUCACCGUUACUUUGAAUGGACUGCGAUUGAUACAGAGUGUAACUCGAUCUUCUUCAUAGAUGGGCUAGUUAUUAAAACAUUAAGGUGUUAUGAUAUGGAUCGUCGGAAAGUGAGAAAGAUCAUCACACUUGGAGAGGCCCAGGCACCAUAUCUGCCAUAUGUGCCGCUAUACUCAGAGUUGGAAUCUUUGUGUUAGUGGCAUCAGUCUGAGACCUCCGACGUGUUUUUUAUGAGGUGGUUCUUUGAUAGGAGUCAAUCGUUUGUGCUAUGGAACAGUGGGCUCAGUAUGCCAGCUUGGAUUUUGUUCUCGGCUUUUUGAACAGGAUUAUUUGAAUGUCUGCAUGUUUUUAAGUUUGGAGUAAGGUGGUUCUGUACGAAGGCAACUAGGAAAAUUUCACU